AUGAUAAUAUUAAAUCCAUAUAAAUAUAAAACUUACGUUAAUUCAAUAAUUGUUACAAAUAACGCAGUUGAGUUUUUUCUUCAAGGUGAAUUACUUACGUCGCAACCAACACGUUAUCAAAUCAUACAAAUUGAAGUAUUAGAUGGACCACAAGUAGAAACUGUUUGUCGUACUGAAGAUGUCAAAGAUGAUCAAGAUGUAGUUCGUGAUCGUUUACUUAUAGAUUACCGUUUUGUUUCAAAUAAUGAUGAUGAUCAAACUGAUAUAAACAAUAAUAAUAAUCCUCCACGUUGUUUAAUUGGGGGUAGAAAAAAUAUUCACAGUGCACUUGUCAUAACACGUGAUAAACGACGUAUGUAUACAUGUUGUGAAAUAAAUGAUAAUAAUGUUGAAUUGUAUGUUAAUAAACCACAUCCGGUUCAUUAUGCUACUCAACGUAUAUGGGCAUUUGAUCAUCAAUUAUAUGAAAAUAAAGAUCGCAUAUUCUCAUUAAAUUUAAGUGAGGAUGAAAAUUAUCUUAUGGCAGUUAUAUUUAAAGGUUUUAGAAUCUUUUCAUUUCGAUCAUAUUUAUGGAAAACAUGUUUAUUACCUGGCAGUGUACGUAAUAUAAUGAGUGGUACUAAACGUUUAACAUAUACAGCAGCAUUUUCACAAGAUAAUCGUUAUUGUAUAGCAUGUGUUAAAUCAAGUGUUUAUUUAUUUGAAAUAGAAUGGGGUGAUUUAGUAGCUUCAUUUGAUUCACAUUUUGGUCGUAUACUUGUUGUAAAAUGUUUAUCAACUGGUAGUGGUGGAAAUAAUUAUGUUAUAACAACUGGUAUGGAUAAAACAACAAAAGUAUGGAAUUUACAAAAUGCAAAAGAAAAAUCAAUAUCAAUAGCACAAUUAGAUAAAUCUAUUGAAAUGAUGCAUAUAUCAACAGAAACACGAAUAAUAUUGGCACAAUCACGUACACAAUUAUAUUUAUUUAAUAUGAGAAGUGGACUAAUGAUAGGACAAUUAUCUGUUAAUCCACAUGGAUCAAUUUAUCAAUGCACAGUUUUAUGUACAAAUGGUUUAUUUGCAGCAUCAGCUGAAUCAAAUAAUUUUGUAAUAUAUGAUAUUGAAGAACGAAAAACAUCAUUUAUAACACCAUUAAAAAAUGUCGCUCAACUUCUUCUUCAUUCAGCUGAAACAAUGAUUUUAGUUUUAACUACUGAAGUAGUUCCAACACAAGUUUCAAGUGCAUCAAAUAAUGGACCGGUAAAUACUAGUCCAAAUGGUCAAACUGUUCGAGCUAUUUCAUAUGGCAUACCUGAUGGUGAUCUUAUUUAUGAAAUCUUAUCAAAUAUGAAACGUUCGAAUCAACCAAAAAACGUUGCAUGUACAACUGAUGAUACAUAUUUUGUAUUUAUUGAAGAGAAAAAAAAUAGUGAAAUACUUGCCUUAUAUGAUCCCAUGACUGGUGAACAUGUACAUAAUAUUAAAUUAAAUUAUCCAGCUUAUAAAGAAAUUACUUUAAUGGUUACAAUACCAAAACAACCUUAUCUUAUUGGUUUAAUUGAUUCUGAGAAAGGAAUUGUUAUGAAUGUUAGAGAUAAAAAGAUUCAUUUAACAUUACCGAAAUGGGGUGGUCAAAUAUCGUCCGAUGGUAAAUAUGGUUUAUAUGCUCCAACACGUGGUGGUCUUGAAAUAUUUGAAUUUCGAACUGGUAAAGUAGUUCGAACAUUAAUUGGCAAAGUAGCUGAAGGUGUAUUUGAAGUAUUAACAUUUUUUACUCCAACAAAUAAUCAUGUCAUAUAUUAUCAUAAAGGUAAACGAACAAUACGUGUAUUUCGUACACAAGAUGGUCGACAAAUAGCUGAUAUGAAAUGUCCAACCAAGGUUCGACAAGCAAUUGGAACACAUGAUGGACGAGCAUUAGUUGUUGGAUAUGAAGAUGGAGCUGUACAAGUGUUUUUAAUUGUUGAUCAUUUCGAUGAAUCAACUGUUGAUUAUUUAAAACGUUGGAGAAAACGUGUUAAAUAUUUAAAUGAUUGUCCAAUUCAACCAAAUUUACCUGUUUAUUUACUUGUUGUUGGUGCAAUGGGUCUUGUACGUUUGUUAAAUCUACUAUGGAAACAAUUUCGCCGAAGACGUAUGCGAAAAUUAGAAGGAGUGGAACUUGAUCAAGAAGAAGAAACUGAAAAUAAUGGUUCUGGUUUCACAGAUGCUGUUUUAAAUUUAUUUCUUCUUGCCUGGUUUAUUGUUGGACAAUUUUGGACUUGGAAAGUUUUUAUGCCAAGUUUUGAAUUUGGAUUAGAAAAUCCAAAUAAUUAUUGUCAUAAAAACGUAUAUAUAUUUACACUUGUACAUAUUGCUUUUGUUUAUAUUAUGUUUCUAGCAGUGAUUUUUUUUUUUAUUGCACUUACAUGUUGUGCAACAUAUCCACAUUUAAUUAUUAAGACAACACGUUAA